UGAAACAUCGUCAUUUGUGCUUCACUGUAUACCACGUUGACGAAGUGGCAUUGGAUUAAAGGUUUAUCAGCCAAGAACAACCAUGGUCCACCCAUUCGAGUAUGUGAUCUUCACAAUUAUUGUGGGAGGAAACGUCGCACUUGGCCUGUACUUCUCCUUCCGCAAGCGAACGGGUCAUGACGGCGACACUGACGAAGUGUUUCUGGGCAAGCGCUCUCUGGCCAUGUUUCCCUUGGCCGUUUCAGUCCUUGCGUCGAUGAUGUCGGCACUGGGUAUAGUGGGCUUCACGGCCCAUUACUACAGCUACGGCAUACACAUGAUGUGGGGAGUUGUUCCUAUGCUGCUUACCACCCCAGUGAUAACGACCAUCAUAGUACCAGUGUUUUAUAAGCUGAAGAUUACGUCGGUGUUCGAAUACCACAGAAUGCGGUUUGGUAGUACUAUUGCAGCUGCCACGUGUGCGCUGUACUUCUUUUUCGCGCAAAGCCUGGGAGCUCUGUGUAUUUACACGGCAUCACUGGCUGUUUCUACAGUGUUUCAUUUUCCUGUUACCUGGUGCAGCCUCAUGAUCGGCUUGACUGGGACCAUAUAUACUGCAUUGGGUGGUCUACGAGGUGUGGUAUGGACCGACUGUGUUCAAGCCGUAGUUAUCGUGGCAGCACCUGCCACUAUUGCAAUAAAAGUGAUCUGGGACGCCAGCAAACGACAUUUAAGGCCAAUGACGUUCGAGGACUUCAAACCGUAUGCUUUUCAAUACAAUUUAGAUUUCACUCAGGACGAGAACCUUUGGUCAUGUCUCAUCGGACUCUUUUGGUGUUGGAUCUAUCGGGCGGGCUUGGACCAGAUUAUGGUGCAGCGCUACUUAGCCUCAAGAACACUCCGUGAUGCACAAAGAACCGCAUGGUGGGGCACGCUACUCAUCAUUGCCUACUUCCUUAUUGCUGCCGGCUUAGGCCUCAUCAUGGCUUACUGGUACCGGGACUGCGACCCUUUGCUAGCGGGCAAAGUCGCUACUACAGACCAGAUAAUACCGUACUACGUAAACACUCAUUUGGCAUCAUUCGUGGGAUUUUCCGGCAUCUUUCUGGCAGGUGUUGUGGGAGCCACUACAAGCACUAUAUCAUCCGCCAUAAAUUCAUUGGCGGCGGUAACGUAUGUCGAAUUUCUCGCAUUUUUUGCAAAGCCGUCACCGAGAGGCUCACUCCUACUGACAAAAUUCUUAGCCUUCGCCUCUGGAAUAAUAAUGAGCCUUUAUGCAAUUGUUAUUCCAUACUUGGGGUCGACUGGCAGGGUCCUAAUGGUACUCCAAAAUUGCGUAACCGCGCCGUUCGUAAGCCUUUCAAUCCUAGGUCUGGCAUUUCCCUGUGUUGACACCAAGGCAGCUGUAAUAGCAGCUACCAUCGGAUGCAUUUGGCAAGGCGGGUACACCGUAGUCGACAUGAUGUAUGGCGCCGGUCCUCCAAGAAUGGCGGCUUCUUUGGAUGGUUGUGAUGCGGAGGAGGUUGCCGUAUUGCUGACGCACAGUAAUGUAUCUACGCCAUACAGCCAAGCACGGAAUGAAGCUGCUGUGGUAAUGAUUUCAUCUUACUGGAACAACCUUUUGAGCACGACGGUGACAAUUUUUAUAGGUCUGCUUCUUAGCAUAGUUACGGAUGGCCGCAAGCAGUACAAGAAAAACUUGCACCUCACAAGCGGCUUGGUUCUUGAAGAAAUGGGUGAUUCACGGAUUCAUUCCGCAAAGCGAUAUUAUUGAGCUCAAUGAAGUGAAGAAGGAGGAACCGCUACUGCAAAAUCUCGAGGCAAAAUACAGUGAAUUCAAAGAAGGCAACGUGUGAGCUUCUGGGAAAGCUGAUUGAAUAUAGCAAUCAUUGUCGGUGACUGUUUUGCUCAUACAUAAAUUAU